AGUAUUUGCACUCGCGUUUUCCAGCACUUGACAAACGUUUAGCAAACGGUCACUCUUCACGGCCGCAUUAUAUUUUGCUAUUUUAUUUUUGCGCAAAGAUUAAAAUAACUAACAGGAAAUGUCGAAAGCACAUCCUCCAGAGCUGAAAAAAUACAUGGACAAGCGAAUGAUGCUGAAGCUGAACGGCGGUCGCGCCGUCACCGGCAUUUUGCGUGGCUUUGAUCCCUUUAUGAACGUUGUACUCGAUGAUACAGUGGAGGAGUGCAAGGAUAACACCAAGAACAGCAUUGGCAUGGUGGUAAUUCGCGGCAACAGCAUUGUCAUGGUGGAGGCGUUAGAUCGAGUGUGACACCUGUCAAAUGCAGCUACUUUCUCUCUCACACUGUCCGUUCUUUAUCGCAGUUAAAUGUACACUAUUUAACAUACAAACUAGUCCUAAGGCUCUAAAAACAUUCGUAAACUAUUCACGUUUAUAAUAAAUAUGCAGCAGGCAACUUAAAUAAAUUCAUAUAAAACAUAAUA